GAGCUCACCUCGUUUUAUACCAGUUGUCACGUUUGACACAUCUUUUCGAAACGUCAACUCGCUCCGUCCCGUUUCAGUUCUUUUUCCGGUCGGCCAUUGGGAUCGAAAGUGAACACAUUUCACUGAAUCAUGGGCAAGAUUAUGAAAACAGGAAAGGUCGUGCUCGUCCUCGGUGGACGGUACGCUGGCCGCAAGGCCAUCAUCCUCAAGACGUUCGACGAUGGAACCUCCGAUAAGCAGUUCGGACAUGCUCUCGUUGCCGGCAUCGAUCGCUACCCCCGGCGAGUGACGCGUCGCAUGAACAAGACCCGCCUGCACAAGCGCUCCAAGAUAAAGCCGUUCAUCAAGAUGCUGAACUACAACCACCUGAUGCCCACUCGGUACAGCGUUCCGGACGUCAGCCUGGACACGAAAUAUUCCGCCAAGGACCUGAAGGAUCCAGUCAAGCGCAAGAAGGCCCGCUUCCAGGUCCGCGUCAAGUUCGAGGAACGUCACAAGUCCGGCAAGAACAAGUGGUUCUUCCAGAAGCUGCGAUUCUAAGGAGAAUGUUACCACUUGGUUUCCUUUUUAAUCGUUAAGAAAGAGUGAGUUUCUGAAGAGGAGGGAGAGUGCUGUGUAAUAAAAAAAAAAACGAAAAUGAGAAUGGAAAUGCCUGAA